GUCGUCAGUGUCAGUGUCAAUUACAUACAUGACGUUUACGUUUUAUAAUACAGAAACAGGAAAAUAAUGUGCUAAUGUGAUGUUUAAUACUGCGCUUUGUAAGCAAAUGAUAAAUAAAACUAUACUUAAAUAUGUUCACUUUUGCAAUUAAGAUAAUCAACAAUUGAUAUGUUGAACAUGUCUUUUCAGCAGCAAGGUGUCACUGGCGAUAUAUUACAUUUAAAUGUUGGAGGUAAAAGAUUUUCGACAUCUAGACAAACCUUGUCCUUAAUCCCUGAUACUUUUUUCACUGCUCUACUAAGUGGACGAAUAUCUAGCUUAAGGGAUGAAAAGGGAGCCAUAUUUAUCGAUAGAGAUCCUAAGUUUUUUUCAGUAAUCCUAAAUUAUUUACGUACGAGAGAAGUAGACUUGAAAGAUGUAGAUGUGCGGGCUCUUAGACAUGAAGCUGAAUAUUACAAUAUUGCCCCCUUAAUUAAAAGACUUUUGUUGUGUGAGGAGCUUACGCAACCAACAUGUGGAGAUGUACUGUUUUAUGGUGCUCUACCACCUCCUUGUAUUCCUGUUCAAGAUCCAGGUCAGCUGUACCAGUCAACUGAACCUAUUGCAACACACAAUUCAAGAGCUGGACCAAGCAGAGGUACAGAUGGGCAUUCAGAUGGAGAAAAUGGAAAAUCUUCAGAUGAGGCUGGCAGCUCAAAUCAAAAUCAAUUGGGAUAUACACUACAUUCGCCAGGAUAUCUACCAAGUAGACCACAUGGCCAUUCAAGAAAUUCAUCCUUAGAGCUUCGAUUGGGUCAAUCCAAUAGUUACAGCAGAAGCUCGCAGGAUUUGCGUGGAUUAUCUGGCAGAGGGCAUUCAAGAGCAGCUUCAUUAGACCUAAGACAUGCUAGAAAUUCUUCAGCAGAUCUUAAUAAAUUAAUAAGGAAUGAUGUCGGAUUGAUAUUUGGAGUAACAGCUUCUAGUUGGGCCGAUCCUCUUAGGGUGCAGAUUAUAAAGGCACACCACAAUUGGAUAGUUGUGGCCUAUGCCCACUUUGUUGUUUGUUACAGGUUAAAAGAUUCUAGUGGUUGGCAGCAAGUAUUUACCAGUCCAUACAUUGAAAGUUGCAUUGAAAGAAUUGCGAUUAAUGCUAAAAUUGGUUCUACAGAAGCUUCAAAAAUGGUUGCUAUAUCAUAUGGAAGCCAAGUUAGAUUAUGGGGUAUUACUGAUGUUGGUUCACGGACAAAUAUUGGCACCUUUAAUUUGUGUGUUAGAGUAGAAUAUUUAUUUUUCAUAGGUAGUCAACUUGUUGCAUUGUCCCCUUCAGGAAAGUUGGGAGUUUGGCAUGCUAUGACUCAACAUUGGCAAACACAAGAUGUUAUGCCUAUUGCUUCUUUUGAUACUGCAGGCUCAAUAUUAUUAUUAGGGUGUAACAAUGGCUGCAUAUACUAUAUCGAUAUGCAGAAAUUUCCAUUACGAAUGAAAGACAACGAUUUACUUGUAACAGAAUUAUAUAAAGACCCGAACAAUGAACCAGUAACUGCCAUCUCAGUUUAUCUUACCCCAAAAACAAACAUUUGCGGCAACUGGAUUGAGAUUGCAUAUGGAACAACUUCAGGUGCAGUCAGACUUAUAGUGCAGCAUCCUGAGACUGUUGGUCAUGGGCCUCAAUUGUUUCAAACUUUUACAGUCCAUCAAAGUCGAGUUAUAAAAGUAACACUCUCUGAGAAAUAUCUUGUAUCUGUUUGCUCUGAAUAUAAUCACGUCAGAAGUUGGAGGGUAACAAGAUUUCGGGGUAUGCUCUCUACACAACCUGGAUCAACCCCAGAAGCAUCUUUUAAGAUUGUAUCUUUAGAAAACGUUGAACCAACAAUGAUCUAUGGAGUUGCUAAUGAGUGCGGGCCCUUUGGUGAACAAGAUGAUGAGCAAGUUUUUAUCCAAAAAGUGGUGCCAGAUUCUGACCAAAUAUUUGUUAGACUAGCGAGUAAUGGAAAACGUAUUUGUGUAAUUAAAGCUGUAGAUAAUAGUACUGUAAGUGCUUUCUGUGUUCAUGAAUGUGAAGGGUCCAGUAGGAUGGGUUCCAGACCAAGGAGGUUUAUUUUUACUGGCCAUUCAAAUGGUUCCAUUCAAAUGUGGGACCUUACAACUGCUCUUGACAUUUCUUAUAAGUCUGAUAGUAGUAGUAUUAAUCAAACUAACGGCGGUCCUAAUAUGGAAGAAUUACUUCUUAUGUUGGAUCAGUGUGAUAUUAGUAACAGUUUGUGUUCAACUCCAUGCAUGUCUCCUUCUCCAUAUAUGGCCGCUGCUUUACGACUGAAAUCCAGUAAUGUAGCAUUUUUAAAUCAGCAAUUACAUCAGGAUAAUGAAAAAGCUACAAACUCAUCCUAAAUCAUUUAUUUAAUUUAUUAAAUGUCACUUUUUAUUAAAUAUACUUCACUUCCGCGUUGAAACAUGUCGUUGUCAAUUCAUCAAUCUCACUUUGAACAGAUCUCAUUGUACCAAAAUCUAUCAAUGGAAAUGACUCCUUCAGGUUUAGUUGCUUUGCAAUAUUCAUUUCUGUUUUGUGAUUUAGGUAGACUGGAUAUACGAGGUAUUGUUGUAUAAAGGGUGUUUCACAUAGACCACACGUUUUAUCUGAAGACUUACAUUUGAAAAUACUCUGAUUUGAAAUCUGAAAAUUACCCCUUUCGGAAAAUAUCACUUCCUGGAAACCCAGAAGUUACCUUCAACUUUUUUUGGAAGGAUUUGGAUAAAGUACCAUACAUCUAAAAUUUAUAUUUUUUAUUGAUUCAUCUCUUUUAUAAAACUUUGAUACAUGGAUAAGUUCAUCGACACUCCUGGUCAAAAAAAUCGGGACACUUGCAUUUUGUAUGUUUUUCUAAAUUCUCUAUAUGUUAAGUGAUUUAAAUGGAGACGAAGUAAACAUUAAUAAUAGAAAUAGUUUAUUUUAAACACUAAAAAAGUAAUAAUAGGAAAAAUAAGUAAUCGAAAAGAAAGUAAUAAUUAGUUUUUAACAUUUAGUUACCUACAGUUGGCUGUUCUUUAGGUUUAGUCGGGUAUUGCCUCCCCUACAUUUACGGAGGCUUUCAAUACGUCUAGGCAUACUUGCAAUAAGUUGCUGAAUGUGUGCUUGCGGUGUAUAUUCCCAUUCUUCAGUCAACACUAUUUUCAGCUCUUGAAUUGAUUCUGGCAAUGGUUGCCUCUUUCUAGUCUUUUUCCAUAAAAUGUCCCAUAAAUAAUGGUCUAACGCUAACGGAUUCGUGUCAGGACUACAAGCGAGCCAAUCCCAAACGGGAAUUCCGACAGUAUUUAGGUAGUCCAUAACGAUUCCCGCAGUGUGUGGACGCGCAUUAUCCUGCAUAAAUAUGAAAUUUUCCCGACGAAAGGAGCGUAGGGGACAAUAUUAUCCUUCAGAUAUUGUCGUAUGUAUCUAUUUGCUGCUAGAGUUCCAUGUUCGAUGAAAAUUAAUUCGGUGCGUCCUUUGAAAGUAAUACCCGCCCAUACCAUAACGGCGUUAUGCGUAAGUAAAAAUAUGACUCAUCAGAAAACAUUACAACACUCCAUUGGUGAACAGUCUAGUCUCUGUGAUUAUUCGUAAAUCUCAUCCUGUUAACUCGAUGAGCUGUUGUUAUUUUGGGGCAUGUUACUGGCUUAAGAGAAUGUAAGCCACUAACAAACGACUAGCUGAAGCAUUUGACUUCCACAGCACACUGACUUACACGGUUAUCGCCCUAUAACCGUAGUCAAGCAGUGUUUACUGCGGUUAUAUUUUGGACGGGUGAUCGCUUAAAAACAACUCAUGUUGUUGCAUUGCCUUAUGUUUAUUUUUAAUUUUUGCUAUUGUUUUAAUAAAUUUUUUUGGAAAGUAAUGAAUAUUAAAAUUAGUUCAAUAUUUAAAUAAAAUACAACUAAACUGUUUAAAAUAUAUUUAUUGCGUUGAAAUCUACUACACCACUAUUAGUCUAAGAGCUAGAGCCGAAAAAUCAUCGUCAUAAUUAAUAUGGAGUUUGGCAUGUGAAAUGUGUCUAUUGUAUAUUGAUAAUUAUGACCCCUUUCAGGCUAACACCUCAGUGGAUACAGGAAGUAGCAAUAAGGGAUGAAAGGGGAAAGUUAGUGCAGUCAUUAAAGGUUUUCACCUCCUAUUCUGUUAAACCUCCAUCGAUUUGCAUGAAAAUUGGUGACUAGUUAGAACAUACCUCAGGAAAUAAAAAUGAUUUGGUGCCAACUUGCACUUUUACCCUGGGGGUGGAUACCAGCCUUUCUCGGGGGUGAGAACGAUUUUAUUAAAACUAACCCCACAAAUCGAUAGAGGGACAAAUUAUAAGUAAAAUUUGUUAUAUCAUGUUAUUAAAAUAAAUCAAUACCUUUUGAGUUAUUAAAGAUCAAAGAUUUGUCUGUUUAAGAGCACAUGCGUGAAGUUACGGAUGAUAAAAAGAACAUAUUAAUUAAUUGUAUGUUACUAAAAUAUUAUUUCGAUAUUAUAAAUUUAGCAAAAGUGUAUUCGAAUAUGUCAAAUGUAUCCAUUAUUGGACAUAUUCAGUUUAUAAUGAAAAAAAAAUUCAAUUAAAUAUCGAAAUAAUAUAAAAAUAAUAUUUUACUAACAUACAAUUAAUUAACAUGUUCUUUUUAUCAUCCGUAACUUCACGCAUAUGCUCUUAAAUAGACAAAUCUUUGAUCUUUAAUAACUCAAAAAGUAUUGAUUUAUUUUUGUUAUAAAAUGAGUCAGGUGAGCUAACUAGCUAACUAAAUGACCAUCAACGAUUAUAAAUUUAUUCUUAAUUACAGGACAAUGGGAAAUUUGACUGACAUUAUAUUUUAUAAUUUUCUGACAUUACAACUUCUAUACUGUCAUUACAUAGAGUAUGUACAUAUGUACAACUAUAGAGCAACAUCUACUUUUAACGUUGUAUAUUGUAACACUCUCCCUCAACGUGAAAAGUAGAUAAGCCAAACAAUUUUGGUUUCUUUCUAACACGCAUAUUGUAACGCUUAGAUUCUUGAACACCAUCAUCGCUUCUUUCUUUUCUAUUCACUUCUUGAUUUUCACUCGUACUUUCUGCACUUUCCAUAUUCUUAGAUUUCACAAUUUCAUUCAUACCAGUUUUCACUUCUUCGGAGUUUUCAUGUACACUAAAACAUUCCGACUGAUUCUGGUUCACUGAUUCGGCUUUAACUUCAAAAAUUCGCAAAUUGCAUGUAACCUCAGGUUUAAAUCAUACGUCGUGGCUCGAUACGAUUUUUCUUUCAGAUGGAAUCCAUAUUCUAAAACCAUCCCUGUCAUUCACGUAACCAACUAAAUAACCAUGUAUCGCCUUGUCAUCAAAUUUACUGUGAAAAUUUUUGUUUACGUGAACAUAACAUUCAGUGCCAAAUAUUCUUAAAUGUUUCAAACUCCCAACUGGCUUUCCAUACCACAAUUCAUGGGGACUUUUAUUCUCAAUUGAUGAUUUUCCUGUGCGAUUCAGAAGAUACACUGCAGUAUUACAUGCUUCUGCCCACAAUUCUUUGGACAACUUACAUGGGUUUAACAUGGAACAAGCAAACUCUACAAUGGUACGGUUUUCUCUUUCAGCAACACAAUUCUGCUGAGGUGUAUAGGGUGGAGUGAUACAAUGCUCUAUACCUCUACUCGCAAGAAGUUCAGAUACCUUUCUAUUGUCAAACUCUCUCCCUCCAUCACAUCUCAGUUGCUUUACUACAUGGCCAUUUGUGUUUGCUUCAUUUAAAAAUUUUUCUAAGGUACAUACCUCACUUUUGUGAUUCAUAAAGAAAACUUUCCGAAACUUACUAAAGUCAUCUUUAAAACAUACGUAAUAACGUGCUCUUCCCAGUGAUUCUAUAGACAUGGGUCCAUUCACUUCUGCAUGAAUCUGCUCACCAGUGAGUUGUGGCCGAUUGAUCCUAGUUUUAAAUGGCAAUCUAUGCAUUUUUCCAAUUGCACAUCCAUCGCAAAAGCUUUCUUUGCACCCAUCAAUGUCUAUAUUCAUUUUCUUCAAGACCUUCUUUACGUGUUGCUUAUGCUGAUGACCAAAUCUUUCAUGAUACACUUGUAACAUAUCUGUUGACCCUAUUAAGUUUGCUUGAAUGGGAUUGGUCGGUUUCAUAACACGUAUAUCAAGUGCAUACAAGCCAUUACUGAAGUACCCAGUCAUUACAGAUUCAAAAGUAUUUUUAUCAUGUAUAUUUACACCUUUAUCAUCGAGUACUGUAACGAACCCUCUUUGUGCAGCAGCUUUCACAGAAAACAAAUGAGCGCUUGCUUCAGGAACAUAAAAAACAUUCUUCAGUUCAGCAUCUUUCCAUUUAUUAUUCAGACGCGUUUGAAUUUUCACCGUUCCUUGUCCAUAGGCUAGCAUACAUACAUCCUUACCAAGUGAUAUCUUUUCGGGUUCAGCAAACUCUGUAUAAGAUGAGAAAUAUUGCUUAUCUGUAGUGAUAUGAUUUGUGGCUCCACUGUCACAAUACCAUUUCCCAGCUUCAACACAAUUGUUAGAUGAGGCACUUAAAACAACAGACAAAAAACAGCAUCAUUACUUUUAUUCUCGCCUAAAUUCUCAACAGAUUUUUUCAAUGGACACUCUCUCGCCCAAGGGCCUAAUUUCUUGCAUCUGUGACAAGAAAAUUUUUCUUUUGCACGAUGUACAUUUUUCUUUAACUUUGUAGUAGUUGUACUUCGGCUCUGUUUGUAUUUUUCUGUCGGGCUAGUGCGUGCAACAAACGCAAAAGAUUCUGUGGUACUUUGGUCACGUAAUUCAAUGGCACACAAUUUCUCAAUCAAUAAAUUCAAAAUUUGAUUCUUCGAUGGUAUCGUGUCCCACAAAUCUUUGAAAUUAUCAAAGUCCUUACCCAAAGUUGAUAAGAUCCGACCAUUUAACAUUCUUUCGGAUAAAACAUUUUCAUCAUGCUUCAGCAAUUCAUCAUUCAAAUCUACAAACAGUUUCUGCAACUUCGCAACAUGUGUGCUAAUAUCUUCUUUUUCAUCACGCUGGACUCUAAAAAAGGCUUCAAUUAACAUGUUUAACCGUUACGUACUGCUACGUUUAAAUCGCGCACGUAAUUUGUCCCAUAUUUCACAAGCAUGAGUACAUGUCAACACCAGGUCGGCAACAGUUUUUCCUAGCUUACCUGCUAACAAACUUACCGCUUUUGCAUCGUCUUUUAACCAUUGUUGAUGCUUCUCUACUUCCAUUGAAGUUGAAUUUCCAGCAACCUCGGGACACUUACACGUACCGUUCACAAUGUCUUCAAGUGCAUACGCUCGUAAUAACAUCGAAACGUGCCAUUUCCAUUUUGCCCAGUCUUCAGGACCCUCAAGUUUAUCGACUUGAAUUUUAUAAUCGUUAUUGCUGGUCGCCAUAUUUUUUCACCUGUUCACAGUUCACGUGAAUUGGGCCCGUAACCUGUUAUAAAAUGAGUUAGGUGAGCUAACUAAAUGACCAAGAACGAUUAUAAUUCACUCAAUUACAGGACAAUAGGAAACUUGACUGACAUUAUAUUUUAUAAUUUUCUGACAUUACAACUUCUAUACUGUCAUUACAUAGAGUAUGUACAUAUGUACAACUAUAGAGCAACAUCUACUUUUAACGUUGUAUAUUGUAACAAUUUUAAUAACAUGAUAUAACAAAUUUUACUUAAAAUUGGUCCCUCUAUCGAUUUGUGGGGUUAUUUUUAAUACAAUAGUUUUCACCCGCGGGAAGGGGUGGUAUUCACCACCAGGGUAAAAGUGCAAGUGGCACCAAAUCAGUUUUGUUUCUUGAGGUAUGCUCUAACUAGUCACCAAUUUUCAUGCAAAUCGAUGGAGGUUUAACAAAAUAGGAAGUGAAAACCUUUAAUGACUGCACUAACUUUCCCCUUUCAUCCCUUAUUGCUACUUCCUGUAUCCACUGAGGUGUCAGCAGGGCCGCCGCUAAAGUGUUGGUCGCCCGUGUGCAACUUAAUAUUUUUCCGCCCCCUUCCAACACUUUAGUCGUUUCAACGUAGGUACUAGUAUUUAAAAAAAAAUGCAGAAAUAACGCGUAUAUGAAUAAUAAUUACUCCGAUCUCGACGUUACUAUAUUUAAAUAUAUAGGCCUGGAUCCCGCUUACCAAAAAAAGUUGAUUAAUAGCAAGCUGAAAAAUUGUUAAUAGCUUAACGGUGUCUAUUCGGACAAACUUUGAUGUAUGGGGACACUGGAACAGGGGAAGUUAUAAUUGUGGAACAGGUUAAAAAUUGGGAAUGUCAGACUACGAAAACGUUCCAUGUAUUUUGUCGGACAUAACUUCCAAUUGAGUUGUUACCAUUUCAUUAAACUCUCAUGCAGAAAUCAGAUUGGUGUUUAUCACCAACUGGGCAUUUUAAUGAGUGGAACACGAAGAACAUGUCAAAUGACAGGAAUCAUGUUGGUUAGUAAUAUCAGUCAGAUUUUUGCAUGAGAAUUUAAUGAAAGGGUAACAAAUCAAUUGGAUGCUCUGUUCGACAAAAUACAUGUUACGUUUUCGUAAUCUGACGUUCCAAAUUUUUAAACUGUUCCACAAUUAAAACUUCCCCUGUUCUAGUGUUCCGGUACAUCAAAGUUUGCCCGACUAGACACCGUUAAGCUAUUAACAAGUUUUCAGCUUGCUAUUAAAUAACUUUUUUUUGGUACGCGGGACCCAGGCCUAUUUGAAAUACAGUAAUGUGCAAAAGAAAAGCGUGUCUAAAAUCAUCAAAUUCUCAACUUAGACGGAACUAUAACCCUAUCCAUAGCAAUACGUAAGCAUAAAGGAACAAUAUCAUAACAGCAACCGUCGAGUAAUAAAAAAGAUUUUUUUCAACCAUCUGGUAAUAAAAAAGACUUUUUUAUUACUCAUUGAGAGCAACUUAACAAGCACUUAUCUAAAUUCUCGGAAAGUAUCCUAUUGUCGUAUCGUACUCUCUUAACAAAUCAUAAAUGUUAAGAAUUUGAAAAAAUCGCAUAUGGGCCACGUAGAUAAAAAUAUCUUAAAGUCCGAAAUCCGCCAGCCACUUUGAACUAAAAAGCAUUCCCGGAACUACUUUAUGACUACAGCUGCAAAAGAGCAGUUCAUAUAAUAAAUAACAUUUUCUGGCAUUUUUGUUUAGAUUGUUUGGGAUAUUAGAGUUUAUAGAAAUAUCUGAAUCAUUACUAUUUAAUUUUUUGAAUUUAUUUUCGUUUUAAAAAAGUAUUAUCAUCAGUGGCCUGCUUUUGGCCGCCCGUGUGCAAUGCACACUUUGCACACAUGGUAGCGGCGGCCCUGGGUGUCAGCCUGAAAGGGGUCAUAAUUAUCAAUAUACAAUAGACACAUUUCACAUGCCAAACUCCAUAUUACUUAUGACGAUGAUUUUUCGGCUCUAGCUCUCCGUCUAUAUGUGGUAACAAUGUUUUUUGAAAAUAUACAUACAGGGUGUCCCGGAAAAUAGUGCGUUCCUUAAGGGUAUAGGUAGAAGGCACCAUGUAGAACAAAAAACUCUUAACAUUUUUUUCUAAAUGCAACCGUUUGACCAAAAAAUUAAAAUGUAUUUUGGUAGGCAAAUUUAAAUCUGACAACUAUGUGCGGUACGCAAAUUUAAGCAUAGACAGUCCCAUGUAAAUAAAUAGAUAGAAGAUAGAUAGUAAACAGAUAGUUUUAAAGAAUCCUGUUUAGUGUCAAUGCCGAAAAUGUUUUCGAAUAGUGAGUGUAUUACCUAUUAUGUUAUUAAACCUAUGAAUGGUGUUUGUGAAAGGUUACUUGAAACAUCUAUUCGGUAUAAUAAUUAUUUUCAAGUAAGUACAAUUUAGUUAUUUCAGUUCACAAGUAAACAAAGUACUGAGACAUUAUCUGGUGUAUUUAAGUUCCACUGUAAACUAUUAAAACUAUGUAAUUCAGUUAAAGCCCUCAGCAAUACUCAGCAUUCAACCCAUUUAAACCUUACUAAAUACAUAAUACUAGUUCAGUUAAAAGAUGUGUUUUUAUGUUAAAAGAUGUGUAAUUCGUUUAAAAUUAUGCAAUAUGUAUUUCAAUACAUUUCAAAAGAAACUAAUUUUAGUAAACAAAUAGUAAAUGCAUAAGUAUUACCUACUAUUAGGUUGGAUUAUUUUAAAUACUGUUAAUCACAAUCACAAACGAGUUCUUAUUAUGUUAUUAUUCCGUAGUGCGUACGAUGUUGCCAUUUAUUAAAAUUUCCAAACAUUAAAAUACAGGUAUAUGGAAAACAAUGUUAACUUUUUUUUGGAAACGGUUAACUUUAGAAAAAAAUGGUAUAGGACUUUUUUUUUCCAAAUUGUGUAUUCUCUCCAUACCUUAAAGGAACGCACUAUUUUCCGGGACACACUGUAUACGUAUUGCGUUGAAAUCAUUCCUACUUGAAUCACGCCUACAUUAUUUUUUUUUAUUAAUUUUUACUUCCAGAACAUCAAAGCCACUAUACACUGACAAAAUUAAAAAAAAAACAUACAAAAUGCAAGUGUCCGAAUUUUUUUGGUCAAGAGUGUAUUUACAAAAUAGUCACUUCAAAAAUUUGUACAAACAGAAAGUAAUGUCUUUUAGUAUAUUAUAUCGUAAUCUGAUUUCUAAAUACAUGGUGUUUAUAAGUCCUACUCCGCUUUUUAAAAUAUCAACCCAUAUUAUUUUUGUAAAUCUUAAAAUUAGUUUAAAUUUAAAAAAAAAUACCAUAUAUAUUUUAGGCUAUAAUAAACUUAAUUAUAAUC